CGUCGGGUUAAUACUAUGUGAAAGAGAAACUGGCAAAUAGGGAAAGCCAUCUUUGUGUGCGUAUGUGUGUGCGAGCACUGCUGUUUCAUAGGCUCUGGCAGCUGCUGCAUGGCCGAUGAUGCUUGCUCUCUCUUUUUCACCCUGCCUCCCUGCAGACAACUAAUGAAUCAUUUCUAGCCUGAAUACUAGCUGUGCAAACACACCAAUGCCGCUGCUGCUGCCGACGCUGCCGCCUUUCUCUACAAGGUUGUAAUUUGACACAGUAGACUGCAGUUCUCUCGGCAAUGAUCUUGCUGAACAUCGGAAGCACUCGAUUUGAAGGAAAAUGAACUGAAGGAUGCUGUGCAAGAAAAGAAUAGCCUGAGCCUUCAGUAUGCAAGUGUGUCCCACAAAGCACUGCAAUAUGACCAGGUAAAAUCAGACUAUGACCAUCUUAGAGAAACCCUUCUCAGAGUGACCAAGGAACGAGAUUUGGCUGUAAAGGGAAAACACCAGCUCCAAGCCAAGCUGGAGAACUUAGAGCAGGUCCUAAAGCAUAUGCGAGAGGCUGCUGAACGGCGGCAACAGCUGGAGUUGGAGCAUGAGCAAGCCUUGGCUGUUCUCAACGCCAAACAGCAGGAAAUUGAACUCCUGCAGAAGGCUCAGGUUGAAGCUAAGAAGGAACAUGAGGGAGCAGUUCAAUUGCUAGAGGCCAAGGUCCGAGAGCUAGAGGAGAAAUGCCGGACACAGAGCGAACAGUUUAACCUCUUGUCCAGGGAACUGGAGAAGUUUCGACAGCAAGCAGGGAAGAUUGAUCUCCUGAGCAGUAACUCAGUGGCAUCCUCAGAUUUCCCUGGUUCUCCCGGUAAAUCUCUAUCCCAGUUAAUGAAUGGAAUAGCCACUUCUAUAGGCAAAGGUCAUGAAAGUCCUUCUGGAAGUCGUUGUGUGAUUUCAGAGUUUAUACGACCCCUUCAAAUAUCUGGAGACAAACCAGAACAAUUAUCUGUCAAACCCACCUUCCUGUCCAAGUCAAGAUCUGGUACCCCAAGAUGCAGAUUUGAUUCAGACAUGGAUAAUGAUCAGAAUUCCAAUACCUCAAAGCAGAGAUAUUCUGGGAAAGUCCAUCUUUGCAUUGCCCGUUAUAGUUACAACCCUUUUGAUGGACCAAAUGAAAAUCCAGAAGCAGAGCUCCCCCUUACGGCAGGAAAGUACCUUUAUGUGUAUGGAGAUAUGGAUGAAGAUGGCUUUUAUGAAGGGGAACUCCUAGAUGGACAAAGAGGACUAGUCCCUUCAAAUUUUGUGGAUUUUGUUCAAGACAAUGAGACCCGGUUAUCAAGCACAUUAAGCAGUGAACAAGAUCAGAAUUUUAUCAACCAUUCGGGUCCUACUUUGGAAGGAGAUCUCCUGGAGAUAAGUCCACCAAGUCACAUAGACUCUAGUGUAAUCAGCAAUGGCGCAGGGACUCUGGAUGUGAACAUUGAUGAAAUUGGAGAAGACAUUGUGCCUUAUCCUAGAAAAAUCACCCUUAUUAAACAACUAGCCAAAAGUGUCAUUGUGGGCUGGGAGCCACCGGUAGUGCCACCCGGAUGGGGAACCAUUAGCAGCUACAACGUUCUGGUUGACAAAGAAGUACGGAUGAACAUAGCCUUGGGAAGCAGAACGAAAGCUCUUAUAGAAAAGCUUAAUAUUUCUACUUGUACAUACCGAAUAUCAAUUCAGAGUAUUACAAACAAGGGUAACUCAGAUGAACUGCAGUGCACUUUGUUAGUUGGGAAGGAUGUCAUAGUAGCCCCCUCUAAUCUUAAAGUGGACAACAUAACCCAGAUUUCUGCUGAGCUGUCUUGGCUCCCUACAAAUAGUAAUUACAGUCACGUGAUCUUUCUCAAUGAAGAAGAAUUUGACAUUGUCAAGGCUGCUAGCUACAAGUACCAUUUUUUUAAUUUGAAGCCCAAUAUGGCCUACAAAGUGAAGGUGAUGGCAAAGCCCCAUCAGAUGCCCUGGCAGCUUCCCCUGGAACAACGAGAAAAAAAAGAAGCCUUUGUGGAAUUUUCUACAUUGCCAGCAGGUCCUCCAGCUCCACCUCAAGAUGUUACUGUACGGGCUGGGUCCACCCCAGCAACUGUACAGGUGUCCUGGAAACCACCAUCUCUGACAGCAACAGGGACCUCCCAUGGCGCCAAUGUCACCGGCUACGGUGUUUAUGCGAAAGGUCAACGGGUGGCGGAGGUGAUCUUUCCAACAGCAGAGAACACACUGGUGGAGCUAAUGAGACUAAGGAGUUUGGAAGCAAAGGAAGUUACAGUUCGUACACUGUCUGCACAAGGCGAAUCAGUGGACUCUUCUGUUGCUGCCAUUCCAUCUGACCUACUGGUGCCUCCAACCCCUCACCCCAGAACUGCUCCCAAAUCUAAGCCAUUAGCAAGUGCCGGAGCCCCAGAAACCAAAGAAGAACAUUUAGGUCCACAUUUAAAAAUGGAUGAGUCAUGGGAGCAGACUCGUUCGGCAUCCCCUGUUCAUGGACACACACUUGAGCCCCCUGCCCCCAACUUUCACAGCUCGCUUCAGGGGAGGAGGUCUCCAUCGCCUAACCGAAUACUCCCUCAACCCCAAGGCACACCAGUCCCAAAUACUGUUGCAAAAGCCAUGGCAAGAGAAGCUGCACAACGAGUUGCAGAGAGCAAUAGGAUGGAGAGGAGGAGUGUUUUUAGCGAAAGGAGUAAUGCAGCCCAGUACGCUAACUCAGAUGAUGAGGAAGAUGGCUAUGAUUCUCCUAAUGUCAAAAGAAGGGGGGCUUCAGUUGAUGACUUCCUGAAAGGGUCAGAACUUGGAAAGCAACCGCACUAUUGCCAUGGUGAAGAGUACCAUACAGAGAGCAGCAGAGGUUCUGACUUGUCUGAUAUUAUGGAAGAAGAUGAGGAAGAGCUGUACUCUGAAAUGCAGCUGGAGGAUGGAGGAAGGCGACGAGUCAGUGUGUCUUCACACAAUGCACUUAAGGAGUGCGAUAAGAAUAAGACCACUGAAGCCACUUUUUUGGAACAUCCUGACUUUUCACAGCAGAUACAUCACAGUAAAAAGCUUUUCAGUAUUCCAGAAGUAGCUGAAGAGGAUGGUGAAUACUCUGAACUGCUGUACAAGCAGGGUUUAGGUAUGCCCUAUAAAAAGCAUCCCACAAUAGCUAGAGACUCUAGACCACCUAGGCCCUACAAUCAAGACCAGCAGCACAACUUCUGGUACCCAGCCAAGCACAGAAUUUCAGGCAUGGAGGAUUAUGCUGCAGACGACAAAGGAUGUAAAUAUAGCCGGUCCUUAUCGAGAAGCCCAGACAGUGGACUAGACUGUGGAAGUGAAGAAGAAGAAUCUCGUUUUAAUUUCAGAUAUACUUAUGAUUCAGUUUCUGCCAACGUUGCAUCUAGCUGUUGCGCAGAGACCGCUAACUGUUCCUGCAGGAAAAGCAUGAGGCCAUUGCUUGCUCGCAGGAAAACUUUAACCAGACAAACCAGCAUCGAAGAAGAUUUUGGUGACCUGGGUCCUUCCUUUGUAGAGCCCAGGAGUGAACAGGUCAAGCCCAGUUACGAGAAAAAGUAUGAGACUCAGAAAUGUAAUAGAACAGAUAAUUUGUCUAAUGAAGAUGUUCAGGGAGGCUGGAAGACCGACUUUAAAAUGGCUGACUCUAGGGCAGCUGGUCUACUUGCAAAGCCAUCCCACAGAGAUGCAGAAGACUCUCUGCUUUUAGGUAAUCCAUCAUCUGCAGGACGGCCUGAAAGGGCGGAGCAUGCAGGGCGAAGGUCCUCUCAUGGCAGUGCAGUGCCACAAAGGUCUCGACCAAUGUUGGUCCCUUCCAUUGAUGGCUAUGGUGGUCAUGACCAUCUUUCUCCUGAUAUUUAUGAAGAAUCAGAAACGGAUCCUGGCACAGAGGAUAUAACUACCAGAAUAUUUGUUGCACUUUUCGACUACGAUCCGCUGACGAUGUCCCCAAAUCCGGAUGCUGCAGAAGAAGAGCUGCCAUUUAAAGAAGGACAGAUCAUUAAGGUUUAUGGGGACAAAGAUGCUGAUGGAUUCUAUCGUGGAGAAACCUGUACAAGAAUUGGCCUUAUCCCAUGUAAUAUGGUCUCUGAGAUUCAAGCAGAUGAUGAAGAGAUGAUGGAUCAACUUCUAAAGCAAGGCUUUCUUCCUUUGAACACACCAGUUGAGAAAAUUGAAAGGAACAGGCGGAGCGGCAGGCAGCACUCCGUGCCCACGCGCAGGAUGGUGGCUCUGUACGACUACGACCCAAGAGAAAGUUCUCCAAACGUUGACGUAGAGGCCGAGCUGACGUUCUGCACCGGGGACAUUAUCACUGUCUUUGGUGAAAUUGAUGAAGAUGGAUUUUACUAUGGUGAACUUAACGGACAAAAGGGGCUGGUUCCUUCCAACUUCCUUGAAGAAGUGCCUGAUGAUGUUGAGGUCUAUCUCUCUGAUGCACCCGCGCGAUACGUUCACGAUACACCGACGCGUACAAAAGCAAAAAGGAAGAAGAGUGUUCAUUUCACACCUUAAUAAGGCAAUGUAGCCUUCACGUAAGUGAGCAACUGAAGAUACCAAUAGAGAUUUCAAUUAAAGCUACCUGGCUCUCUAAUGCAAGUCUUGAAACUUAAUUGUGGGGGAAAAAAAAAAAAGAAAUAUGUCUCCAAAAUCCUUGGCCACAGAGUAGGCUGUUUGCUUUCAUUGUAUCUAGCCAAGUCAAUUUAGGUCUUUUUAGGAGACAAAUCCUUUAAAAAGGAAUCUUUAGAAGUACAUGGAUUAGACCUCACUUUAUGAAGGUCAAUGUUUGGAACAUAUUUCUUCAUGAGCGAACUGUUUAUGUUUACAUAGAAAGGAGAGUUUGAUGUCUAACUACCCUACAAACAAAAGCUGCAUAUUGCAUUGUUAGCCAACCUGGGAUGUAAAAAUUCCAAGCUCCUACAUCGAGAGAAAAGCACAACAUCCCCAACCCUUAAAGAGGAUAAAACUGAAACGUAAGCGGAUACGUACGGUAGUUUACAAGGGUAUAGUUGGUUUUGAAACUCAUUACACUCAAAUAUAGCUACUUAAAUUGUCUGCCUUAAAAUGUGUUUUCCAUAAUCGAUUAUACCCACUUUGCCUAAGACCAACUAUUCAACAAUUCUGAAAAAAAAUCCCUUCAUACGGUACAAUUUACUCAGAUUUUCCUAGAAAGUGCACAUUUGAAAUAUUAGCAACUGUUUGGUUUACCAAUGCAAUAAAAGUCUCAGUAUGAAACAUGCAGCUCACUGAAUGAAUGCAUUAGACUAAAUAUAUGGUAUCUUCAGGUGUACGUUGGGGUGCUUUACCAAGUUGGUUUUGUUUUGGUUUUUUUUUUCAUUAGAACUAGACCUUGAUUUAAAAUCAAAGUAGGCUUGAAGCCCCUUUGCUUAACUCACUGUUGCACAAGCCAGUAAAUUGCUAAUGUUUUAACUUGAACUACAAGAUACCAGGGUCCCUAAGGCAUGGAUUCUACUAUGAAACUAUCAUCUUAACUGAUAGCAUCACCUCCUGUCAGCCAGGCACUGUACUUAGGUUAGGCUGAGUAUAAGUAGUUUUAGCAUUUUCAUUCAAGUGCUUUUGAUGAUUGAAAAAAAUAGCUGUUUUAAGAUAUUUAGGAAUGCUGUCAUCUAACUGUCGUACAAAUAUUCACCUCCAUUCAGCAACCUCAUAGCUGCAGCACACACAUCAAGCAGUCAGGGUCUUUAAGCUUUCUUUGAUUGCAAUUAAGGUUCAUUUUAGCUUUUUCUUUUUCCUUUUUUUUUUUUUUUUUUAAGCCAGUGUGCCAUCUUCUCAAAUAUGUACAUAAAGUUUGCUAUCCAAUUUUAAAGAAAAGGCAUUUAAAGGACAUUAAAAAAAUAAGUGAUCAUGUAGCAUUUUAAGCAAUUUCUUCUGAAAAGUUUGGCUACUUGUUAAUCUGUAAUAAUUAACACAUUUAUUUUUCUUAAAUCUAUAGCUAAAAGUAUUCCUCUUCAUUUUUGUACUAUCAGAGUACUGAAAUGCAAAACCCAGUUUUGUGGCUUCUGUGGCCAGAACUAUGACAAAACAAAUGUAUCCAACUCUUUCUUUAAAAAACUAUAACCAAACCAGGGCUCUAUUGGAGUGUUUUCUAUUUCCUAUCCUUUUUUCUCAAAAUUUAUGUAUUUUCCGUAAGCCCAUGCAGUAUUUUAAGCCACAAAGAAGAAUGGAAUCAGCCCUUUUGUUUAAGUGGGUAAUGGGACAAGUGAUGUUACCAACUUUCUUGAUGAUGAUAGCUUUUAAGCUUUCAAACAUUCAAUAAAUUAUAACAAUGUACCUAAUAGGUUCCUCCUGAGAAUACAGGUACAUCCCGGAGAGCACCAUCCCCCACAGUUCAUCUCCAUUCUGGGUCACCUACGUCACCUAUGGGUUCUGGUAGUCCCGGGAGAGGCAGGGAUAUGUCCUCGAAAAAGAAAAAGGGGCUGCUUUCCAAAGGCAAGAAACUGCUGAAAAAGCUUGGUGCAGUGAAAUGAUUCAUGUGCUCCUGGACAACUUGUAAAGCUUCCAGUCUGUGUAUUAUUUUUUUUUUAAAACGUCAAAACUAGGGCUUUCAUGACUAUGCAGUAUUGCAUUUUUAACUCUGACAUCAAUAGAAUCAUGUGAAUUGCUUAAUCAAACAGCAAGAAAAAAGGAAAUGGUUUUAUUUGAAGUCAACUCAACACCUGCAACUCCAUUGGAUAGAUCUCAGCCUUUAGUCUCCUUUAACCACAAGUGGGGGGAAGAAAACUCUAUCCAUUGAGUCCUGGUUCAGAGAGACCACCCCACUCUAUCUAAUCUUUAUCACAAACAAAAAUGGUCUUGAAACUCCUAGUUUAAUCAGCCUUGAUGUUUUGCCUUAUUAAUGCACAAUGAUUUGUACUGUCUAAUAAAUAUACAGCGUAUACUUUGUAUGUACUGUGUAUUCAACUGUCUUCAUCUCCCCUAAAACAUGGUAAUUUCAGAUCAAGUACUAUGUUACUGACUCCAUUCAAUGUCUCAUGUAACUCCUGGGAGUUUGAAAGUGCUGUGCAAAAUGCUCUUUUUGGUUUUUGCCUUUUUUUUUUUUUUCCCCCCAACCAAACCCCUUGUAUUGGUUUCUUUUGUCAACAUUUUCACUCAACUGCAAUCAGAUACAGUAAGUUAUUCGGAGCCGUGCCCACUUUGUACCGUACAGCCUCCAGUUUUGGAGUUCCUGGUUCACUGUUCUAAAUUACUGGGGGGGGUGAAAACCAGACCCUUAACAAACACAAUAAAAAAACACCUUUACUCCCCAACUUUUUUCCUGUGGAGAUACAGUCCUAAGAUAAAAGGCAUUUUCAUAUUGAUAAUGUCAGAUUCAAGAUAAAGUGCAUGUCUAAAAAGUGGAAAACUGUGUUAUAUACACUAAGCCGUAGCCAGUAAUAAAGCUGCAACAGCUGAUAAUCAAAUAUUAAUUGCAAUAUUGGCAUCUCAAUAAAAACAAUCUUACACAUUGAUGGCAGUCAUUGGCUGUUACUAUUUUGUAAUUCUUGUCCAUUUGUAAAUUGUUUUUACUGUUUAUACAUACUUUUCAGACUGCCUUUCUUUUUGUAAUUUAUGGAAGGUUUAUAAAUGAAUGAUCAAAGCUUCCCCAUUGUGUCUUCAGAUAAUAAUGUAAAUUACUGUAAGAUACCGUGUGCUAGAUUAUAACAUUUAAUUAAAGAAAAUAACUGGCCUAAAUUUGUGGUAAAAAGUACUGUGUGGGUGUGUGCAUGUGUACAACUGUUGUGUAUUAUAUUUUAUAUAAAUAAAUAAUUUGAUAUUUUGUAGA